AUGAGCAAAGACUCAACAACAAAGGUUUUCUUGACCGGUGCCACUGGCUAUAUCGGAGGCGAGGUUCUUUACCAACUUCUCUCGAAUGGGCAAUUUGACGUUACUGCGCUAGUUCGGAGCGAGAAAAAGGCCGACAUCCUCCGCCGCAAAACCAACGACAAGGUUAAAACCGUUUUGGGCUCGUUGGAUGACUCUGUGAUCAUAUCCGCCGAGGUCGAUCGUGCCGAUGUGGUUAUUAACACGGCCAAUGUCGAUCAUGUUCCUAGUGCCCAGGUUAUGGCCGAGACGCUAAAGAAGAAGACGAAAAAGACGGUCUUCAUCCACACGUCCGGAACCUCGGUUAUUGGCGACGACUUGGACUCCGAAAAGGGCCGCUCGGCGAAAGUAUACAGCGACAUUGGCUCCAUAAAAGAGAUCAACCUGCUUGACGAAAGUCAGCCGCAUCGGCCUGUGGACAAAAUCGUUCUUAGUAUUGAGGAGGAAAAUCCCUUGGUCAAGACGGUGGUUGUUAGUCCUUCGACGAUCUUCGGCAAAAGCAAUGGCUACGACAACGUGUAUUCUGUGCAGAUUCCGUACUUGGCUCAGCUUUCCAAAGAUCACGGCAAAGCCUUCACGGUUUAUCUGGGAGAUUACAUUUGGUCGCACAUUCACAUUUCCGACUUGGGUGAUUUGUACUUUUUGCUCCUUUCCAACUUGUUGGCAGACCACCCUAUUCCAACCGGCAAGGAAGGAUACUAUUUUGGCGCAUAUACCGACAAUUCUGGAAGUGCCGACCUUUCGCCUAUAGAGCAUACAUGGAGGGACGUUUCGGCGAAAAUCGGCGAGCUUCUCCAUGAAAAAGGUUUGGUCUCGUCGCCGGAACCUGAGCCGUUAUCGCCCGACACAAUUGUAUCUUUUUCAGGCAACGAGUUUGCACCUUUCUAUUGGGGCACCAACUCCAGAAGCAGAGGCGACAACGGUAUUCGGAUCGGCUGGAAACCAAAGUACGCAGAGGCAAAAGUGUUUUGGGACUCGAUUUCUGACGAUGUUGAAUAUGCAAUUGGGAAAUAA